AUGUCGAACUACAAGGUCGCUGACAUUUCGCUUGCUGCUUUUGGCCGUAAGGAGAUCCAAAUUGCUGAGGGUGAGAUGCCCGGUCUCAUGGCCCUGCGCCAGAACUACGGCCCCCAGCAGCCCCUGAAGGGUGCUCGCAUUGCCGGCUGUCUGCACAUGACGAUCCAGACGGCUGUGCUCAUUGAGACACUCGUGGCCCUCGGUGCGCAGGUGUCGUGGUCGUCGUGCAACAUCUUCUCGACGCAAGACCACGCUGCUGCUGCCAUUGCCGCUGCCGGUAUCCCCGUGUUUGCCUGGAAGGGCGAGACGGAUGAGGAGUACAACUGGUGCAUUGAGCAGACGCUCAAGGCUUUCCCCGACGGUCAGCCCCUCAACAUGAUCCUUGACGACGGUGGUGACCUCACGUGGACGAUCCACAACAAGUACCCUGAGCUGCUCGACAACAUCCGUGGUCUGUCGGAGGAGACGACGACCGGUGUGCACCACCUGUACAUGGCUGUCAAGAAGGGCGAGCUGAAGGUGCCUGCGAUCAACGUGAACGAUUCGGUCACCAAGUCCAAGUUCGACAACUACUACGGAUGCCGUGAGUCGCUUGUCGAUGGUAUUAAGCGUGCCACGGACGUCAUGCUGGGCGGCAAGGUCGCUGUGGUGGCCGGUUUCGGUGACGUCGGUAAGGGUUGUGCCGAGUCGCUGCGCUCAUACGGCUGCCGUGUCAUUGUCACGGAGAUCGACCCGAUCAACGCCCUGCAGGCUUCUAUGGCCGGCUACCAGGUCGACACGAUGGACGACGUGGCCGCGCAGGCCAACAUCUUUGUGACGACCACGGGUAACCGUGACAUCAUCACUACGAAGCACUUUGAGAUGAUGCCUGAGGACGCCAUCGUUUGCAACAUCGGUCACUUUGACAUUGAGAUUGACGUGGCUGGCCUCAAGCAGAUCGCCAAGGAGGUGGUGAACAUCAAGCCCCAGGUCGACCGCUACACGCUCCCCAACGGCCGCCACGUAAUCCUGCUGGCCGAGGGUCGUCUCGUGAACCUGGGCUGUGCUACGGGCCACCCUUCGUUCAUCAUGAGCGCCUCGUUCUGCAACCAGACGCUCGCCCAGAUCACGCUGUGGAACGACAAGGAAAACAAGUUCCAGCGUGGCCAGGUGUACAUGCUGCCCAAGACGCUCGACGAGGAGGUCGCCCGCGCUCACCUCACGAAGCUGAAUGUGAAGCUCACCAAGCUCACCAAGGUGCAGUCGGAGUACCUCGACAUCCCCGUCGACGGUCCCUACAAGGCCGACCACUACCGCUACUAA